UGGAAACUACGUUUGGAAAUUAGACAGUGGUAUUAACCUAACCAACGUUGCAACGUAACAUUUACGUACGUAUGUUUUAACGUAAAGCCGUCUCAUGGACGGGACAGCCUUUACAGUCCCACGUAGCUAGUAAUAAGAGUAAUAACCAAUGUCACUGUAUGAAUGUUAGAAAGUGGUGCCAAAGGAUACCGAUAGUUCUCUCCUCAUUCCACCCGGAAACAGAACAGCCAUGGAGUUUCUCCCAGUACUUGACCCUCUAGAUAAACCCAAAGAAGGAAUAUGGUAUUCUUUGAUACCCAGGGGCGGUGCUCCAGGAGUUAGUGUGGGUCACACCUGCACGUUCAUUCCAUCUGGAGAUGGGGGAAAAGGAAGAAUAGUUAUUGUUGGGGGAGCCAACCCCAGCGGCUGUUUCUUACAUUCGCAUAUCAUAAAUCUAGAUAAUCAUGAAUGGGACAUCCCAGACUGGGAGGGUAUGGAGUCACGGUAUGAACACUGCAGCUUUGUGCCAGAGAGCUGCCCUCAGAGCCUGUGGGUGUUUGGAGGUGCACAGCAGAGCGGCAAUCGCAAUUGUAUCCAAAAUAUACAGCUAACAGAGAGUGGGCCUCGCUGGAAGAAUGUAGUGGUGAAUGGCAAACCCCCCGUUCCUAGGACAUACCACACCAACUCAGCUUGCAUAGGGGACAGACUAUAUGUCUGUUCUGGAGGGGAAGCAGGAGCUGCACCUGUCUCAGACCCCAAACUUCAUGUCUUCGAUACAGUGUCUUCCAUCUGGUCUCAACCAGAAACACAAGGCAGAAACGUGCCAGCCAGGCAUGGCCACAUUGUUGUGGCAGUAGGUUCAAAGAUCUACAUUCAUGGAGGCAUGGCUGGAGACAAAUUCCACAAUGAUAUGUACUCUCUUGACACAAGGAGCAUACAGUGGGAGAAAGUGCAGGCCAAAGGAGACAUCCCACCAGGAGUAGCAGCCCACUCAGCUGUAGUUCUGGGCAAGAACAUCUACAUUUUUGGGGGGAUGACUGCAGAUGGAGCUGGCAACUCAAUGUACAGAUUUAACACAGACAAAAAUCGAUGGGUCCUCCUGAAGUUUGAAGGGGAUUUGCCACCCAACCGCUUAGACCACUCAAUGUGUUUAUUGCCCUGGAAAGUUUGUGGUGAGGGAAAUGGAGAUAAGGAAUCAAACAGCCCAGCAGCAUCAGAGACAAUAAAUCUGGCUUUUGCAUUUGGAGGAAUGGAUACCCAAGGUGUCAUUCAUAAUGACUGUAUUGUGACUGUGGUGACAUGAUGCUGUAAUAUUCAUUUACCCAACUAUAAAUAAAAUGAAGUACUUA